AGAGCAAUGGUUGAAUUCAGAUGGAUUCAAAUGUCUUUAUUCGUGAUCCUGAUGCUUCAGUUUCCAGCAACAACUGGACAAUAUUCAUCUGUCACUAUGAGACUUGGACAUGAUGUCACUUUGUCUUGUGCAAAUGUGACAGAUGGACAGAAGAACUGCGACAGUACUAGCUGGAUAUUCACUCAUUCACAAGGAACAGCAGUAGAGCUGGUUGAUCAUGGACAGAUCAGAUCUAAACCAGACAGACUAAGAGUUACAACAAACUGUUCUCUGGUUAUAAAGAAGGUCACAUAUGAUGAUGUUGGUCGUUACACCUGCAGACAGUUCAUAUCAGGACGACAACAAGGAGAAGACUUUCUGGUUGAUUUGUCUGUUAUUACCAUGACUGAACAUGAGGACAAUGACACACUCACCUUUUUCUGCUCUGUGUUGGAUUAUCAUCCAUGUAUUCACACAGUGGAGUGGCUGUAUGAGGGUAAAGAGGAAAUAUCAGACAUGAAGAUAUCACCACCUUCCUGCUCUGACCCUGUGAAAUUUAUAUCAUCUCACCUUAAUCAGAGCAUUUAUGAGUUAUUGAAGUGUAAAGUGACACAUUUUUACACUAAGAAAGUUCAGCUGUUUACCUUCACUCCUCAGUCCUCAGAACAAAACUCUGAAGCCAAAACACAUUCACAUUCUUCCCAUUUGUUGAGAUCCAUCAUUGCGUCUGUGGGUUUAGCAGCACUCUUAAUAUCUGUUGUUACAGUCAACAUGUGGAUUAAAAAUAAAGGGAACAAGACACAGAUGGAAAACACUGUGCAGAAUGAUGGAGGUGAAGGUUCAGUGAUCUAUGAAAACUCUGGAGACCCUUCUGCUAUAGUCAGACUCCACUGAUCAACAACUUCAACAUCAACUCACCACAGAGACGAGUCCACUGCUGUUAAACAUCUUGUCUGAGUCUUGCUUAUUUUUGACAAUGUGUUUUCAUUUUUUGAACCAUCCGUAAAAACCUUUUCAUCUUCAGUUAGAUUAGUAUAAACAACUGAACUGUAUCUCCAUACAACAAGAAAUAUAACUAGAAUUAUUAUAUAGAAUUAUGUGUAUCAUAUUUAAAUUGUAGCAUUUACCUGUCAGAUUAAUAUUCAUUAAUGUUGCCUCUCAGUGUCUCAGUGUACAGCGUAGAGGAACUGACCUUAACUCAGUUCAGUAUGGAGUGUUUGACUUUGAUGAGCUUGAAUUCUUAUUGCGGUCUGUAACAAUUUAUCCUUGUGAAUGGUUAAAUAAAUAAAUCACUGAGUCUUGAUGACCAGCUGUCUGGUUUUGUAGUUCUCUAUGUUUCAAACUGAACAAGUUCUAAGUGACAGAACCAAUGUCUGAAAAGUCUUUUGACAAACCUGACUAUCAGUGGUGUUUUGUCCUGGAGGCCAAGGGAAGCCAUGUUUCCUCUCUUUCAUCUUCUCUGUACUUGUCGUUAAAU